AUGCCAUGGAUUGAGUUUUGGGAGAAACUUCUAGCUCUUGCACCAGAACUUUUCAACUCGCGACAUGCAUUAUACGGAAAUAUUGCACGGAUUCGAGGUCGACAGCCACUAGUGACAGACGAAGUCGCUUUCUGCGCUCUAGCGGAAAGCAUAGGAAACGUUCAUGAAGCAGCCGAAAAGCUGCAUGAUGCGUCAUACGAGCGAGAACUCACAUACGUGUGUGCCGUCAUCGAAGUGUCGAAGCUUCUGGAACGAUAUUUCCCACUGGAUCCGAUGCAACUCUCCCUCAAACCUCCUCACGUCUCGCUCCCAACUAUUUCGUCGCCCACCGCAGACUCCAUCGCUGCUCAUAGCUCACAUACUCCAAGUGGAAUAGACACAACACGUUGCGUUAUGCUACCUCCCACUCGAGUGGCUUCUCCAUCCACUUCCAAGCCUAAAAAGCAUCUCCGGAUGAACGAAAUGCUCGACUUGCACUUCCAAGAACACGUCCAGAAACAAGAAGCAGCGCUAGCAAUAACCGACGCAACACGAGGCUUUGUGCACCCACCCGAGAAGCUCAUGGUGCUGCGGGAUUUCCGACAAGCCAACAGCGUUCUGGUGAGCUCGCAACUAGCUUUCGGUAGUGGGAAAGCAACGAUAUGA